GGGAGAAGGGAGCUGGAGGGCGAGCGAGGGUGUGUAGGAGAGAAGGAUAGGGUCCCAGAAAAGAGUACAAGCCUCAUACACACACUCACAGUCACCCAGUCACACACACAUUUACGUCGGCUCCCUCUGUUUUACUUUGCGGAAUAGUGGAUUACUUUCUAAACUGAGCCAGUCCUCGAGUAGAUCCAGGCAUGAUCAGGUGGCAGUGCGUCAGAGCGGUGUUGAAGUGUGAGAUGAACCAUGGAGGGGUGCAGGAGGCCAGUCACUAGCCAAGCCAGCAGCCGCACAACCACCACCAGCAGCGGGAGAAGCAUUAGCCCAGGGAGGUCCCGGAGCAUGCAGCUGGGCCCUCACUAGCACCAAGUGGACCCGGUCCUCUCCUCUUCACCUGGGGGCCAGGGCUGCAGAAUGCUCAGUCCUGUCACCCCAUACAGUCUGUUGAAGAUGCACUGGUCUCCGGAGCACGCUGCCCCCUUAUCUCAGUGGCCUGAGCAGCACCUAGAUGUCACCUCUACCACCUCGCCCCCUUCUGCCCACAAACAUGACCCCUAUGCUUCAGCUGCUCGCCGCAGCUAUGCCCCUGCAGGUUACCCUUGGGCCAGUGAUGACAUAUCAGCCCUUACUGCUUCUUCUCUGCUUAAACGCUAUGCUGAGAAGUACUCAGGCCUGGAGCUGUCCUAUGAACGCCCUGCUACAGGGGCCUACUCAGAGCCUGGAACUUUCCUGAAAACUGAAACUGAGCCCUGGGUUCUGGGUCAGGGUGUCGAGUGUUACCCUGGACUAGAGGCAUUAACUGGCACCAAGGUGGGUUCUGCCUCUGUGGGCAUCCCAGCCACAGGAAGUGUAACAGUAGUGAGCAGUAAUUUGGCUUCCGAGCCAAGUUACAGUGGUGCUGGCUCCUGCAGCGCUCCGUCAUCUCAAGAAUACCCUCCUGCCUACAACAGCACCUACCUGUCCUCAGGAUACUGUCCUCAGCCCAGUGCAGCACUUCCCCCUUUGCAGGCCACACCCACUCUAGUGCCCAGCUAUAGUGCUAGCACUCCUGUCUACAACUACCCUCCAGGGUGCUACCCCCAAACCAGCCUGUCCUCUGGAUACAGCCACCCCAGUGCCUCCUACCUGCCCUCUGGGAUUAGUGCCCCAACUCCUCUGGCCCCUAGGCCCACCAUGGUGGGGGGGGGUUACAGCUAUGCAUCUCACAGCCUUGGAGGGAGCUCUGAGACAGGGGUGCCGCUGAAACGCAAGGCCUUUGAGAUGGCAGAGGAAGGACAGGAGGGAGCAGAAGUGGAGGGAUCACGCUACAGAAAGUAUGGCAAUGGUCAUGGAAACAGUCAUAGCAAAAGCCAUGGCAAUGGGCAUGGCAAUGGGCAUGGCAACGGCUAUGAUAUGAGUGGGUCGACCUCAGAUCCACAGGCCUACAAACCUGGAAAGCCCCUGAUGUCUCCCUCUUAUGGUGGAGCAGGGGACUACAGCCCACCAUCACGCCUGGCAGUGGAGAGUGUAUCAGGGGAGCACAACUUUCCUCAGCAGCAGAGAAUGUCUAUGAAGAUACCUGCAUCGCACACACGAUCUGAGGACCCUGCUGGAGGCCGCUGAUGGUCUGCAUUUGAGAGGAUUUCCUCAUUCUUUGAAACCAACCAGGGUUCUUAAUCCAGACAGAUUGGGGGAAUAACAUUGGAUUUGUCAAUGAAAGGUUUAAUUUCACUAGCAAACACAAGAGGGCAUAAGUCUGGUGUUUCUUGUGCAUCUAACAUUUUCAUUAUACAUGUUUUUCCAAAGAUUUACAAGAACUUUUUGCCCUGUAAGGUUGAGGUAAGUCUUAGGGGUGAGGUUGAAGCAUUCUCUACAUAGAUAGCAUUAAGACAGUCUAAAUGUAUGAGUGUCUGUUUCUCUCAGGAUCCUAUUUAUUUCCUUUCUGCUACUGUGGCAACAUCACUGCAGUGUUGCUGAUAUAGAAGUUGGUGUAAUUAUUUGUGGCCACUAUGUAUGUAAAAAGGCCUUUGACUGCAAUAUGUUCUACCACACCACAGAAAUCAGUACUGACCAAAAAGUAAGAAGAGCAAUAACUGAAAUGGUGAGAUUGCCAUACUACUUCAGCACAAUCACUUCUACUUUACACAGCUCACUCCAAGGCUCAGUGUGUCACUUGGCUUUGACAAAUGAAUGUUUUCCCUGCUUUUUGCUUUUCCCUAUUCUUCUCUUUUUUUUUUCAGUUUCCUUAACCCUUUUUUCUCUCACCCUUUAUCUAAUCUCUGUCCUGGAGCCCUGCCUCCUACUCUCAACCUUUUUCAUUGCUGAACAACUUUUGUCUUUGUCCAGUUUAUACAUACCAAGCUGCUUAUCAAAUGAUUACAUGAUAGUAAACAUGAAGCCGCCCUUUAAGUUGUUUUGACAUUAAAAAAGAGUGGGGAACUAAUCUAAGAUUUUAUGUUCAUUUUAAAAUGUAUUUAGCUUUCACACAUGACAAUAUACAGAGAAUAUACAGAACAUCUUCAAAGCUUGUUGUUUACGUGCAAAUUUCUGCUAAUCCUAAAAGAAACAUGUAUAUUUUCUAAAGAAUCUGUGAAGAAUAAUACCUGGUCCAACUUAUACCUUGUCUUUAAUGUUUAAAAUAUUACAAACCCACAUACUUACCUACAAAACAACCAAAAAACAAAUAAUCAUGCUUAUGUUUGCAUACUGCUAAAUUUCACUCAGAACAAACUGUUUAAAACCUGUUUGGAUGCACAGCCCAGACUGGGAGGCAUGUGGGUUGAAGUACAGGAUAUAUGCUUCUGAGUGAGUGCCUCUAACAAUUUUUGUUCAACUUUACAUUCUUUAUGAAGAUCUACCUGCUUGUCUUCUAGGAUUUACUUUACUUUUUUUUUUUUUUUAAAUAUGCAUUCUCUUUACCUUUGCCUCUCAAAAGGAUGAUUUAUAGUCAUGUUAUUGAAUACUCAGGAAGAAUAUUGUUACCUCAGAAUGAUAAAAUAAGAAUGUAUGUUAUUACCUUAGGGUGUUUGUAAGGAGCUUUAUGGAGCAAGAUGAAAACGGAGUCAUGGCUUUGUUUAAGAGCAAAAGAUACUCUGAACACUUCAGGGAAACAAUUAAUUUACAAGGCCUUUGAUACUAACAGUAGAAAAUACACACACACACAUACACACACACAUGCAUGCAUGCACAUGAUCACACUGCUUCUUAGCUCUGGGGAAAUAAAACUUGAGGUUUUUAUACCAAGGCCUGAAAUGUUGAAUGUAAUUCAGAUAUUUUUUUUAAAAGGACAAUACAUGCCAUAAUGUACAUCAAUGAUGUUUUUAGAUAUAUGAAACAUAUUUUCUUCAUGUAUAGAUGUAAUUCUCUCAUAGGUUUUGGUGGAGAGAUGAAUGACAUGUUAAGUGUUAGUGUAGUUAGCAGUGGGGAAAUGGUUUUGUGGACAAAAAGUCAAAAGUCAAAACAAAGCACUCCUGAUAGACAACAUUUGACAUAUCAAGACAUACACAUACUACAGUAUAUGCUCCAUAAUAGGUAUGUUUAUUAAAUGUCUUAAUAAAAUGUCCAAUUUCCAUUUCACGUGUCAGUAUUUUAAAACCGCUCAGCAGCGUGUCACCAGUCAGUCAGCUUGAAUUUAGCUUUAAUAUGAAUUGACACCAUGAAGAAGGGAGAAGUUAAACAAAGGAUGUGCACUGUCAGAAAAUAUUUAGUCACAACCCUAAAACUUUUUUUUCAUCAAGUUGUAGCUUUUGCUGCUCCACUAUUUCAUAAAUUGUGCCAUACAAGUAUUUUGUGCAAAAAUUAAGUCAUUUGGGAGUUGUAACCAAACCAAACUCCCCAAAACAUGCCCACUGAGUGAAUCCCCUUUAAUAGUAAGAGUUAGGCUGUUAUACAACUUAGUCUGAAAUUCAGUGUGAUGAAAAAGUAUUUUAUUACCUCUUUUGGAAAUAUAAGCACAUUCAUAAAGUAACUUACUCAGAAUGUGGUUGAGUGUGAAACUGAUUUGCUUAAGAUUAUGCAGAAGAAAAAAAUAAAAAAGUUGUUAAACAUAUAAUGAUGUAUUCCUACCCCCAAAUUUUAAAAGUAUCUAAGCGCUUAGCUACAACAAUUGAAUGCUCUUCAAUACCACACAAAGAAUGUGCCCUACAUACUGCGACAGACAACAGUAUUUGCUGUUUCUUGGUGUUACUCUGAUUCAUUGAAUUAAGUCAAAGUUGAAUUUGUCCAACAGAUCAAAAAUGGGAUUUUGGUUGUCAUCUUUGUAAUUCAGUUGUACUUUUGUUGUAUCUUGUACAUUCUCUGAAACCAUUUCUACCUCAUUUUGAAGACAUUGUACAUGGAAAUAUUUAUUUCAUGUCAUUUCACAUGCCAGUUUAAGGAGCAGUGUUUCUAAUUCUUGACCUGUUAUAGUCUACCUCACUACAGACUGUUGUGUCAUGGAAAUGAAGAUAUACCAAAAAACACCUGACUUUGGCUUUUUGUCAGUGAAAUUCAAGAAUGUGUGAGUGUCCUCAUCUUUCACUGAAAUAUACAAUGGCAAGACCCUAACA